CAAGUACCCCAAGGCUCCGGCCCCGCUCAUGGAGCUCGUCGAAAAUUUCCUACGCGCACACGGCUACACGAACUCUGGACGGGAACUCGUUGAAACGAGGAAAAGGGAGACCGUGGAUGGAAUAACAGUUCCCAUGUCUGGGCUAAGCGCCGAUAAAGGAUACCCAGACUUAACCACGCUGUUCAAUGAGUGGGUGGAGGGCCCAGGGAAGAGCAGGAAUCUGCCAAAAGAAGCAGACAUCGUGGCCGAAAAACCCGCGAAAAAGUCGAAGAAGGAUGUCAAGGCAGACACAUCUUCUGACGAAGACUCCUCGUCCAGCGACAGCGACUCCGAUAGCUCCUCAGACGAUAGCAGUAGUCCUUCUGAGAACGAUGAGAAAGAGGCGGAACCUGAGGCAAUGGACAUUGAUAGCUCUAGUGCAAACUCCGACAGCGACAGCAGCGAUGAUGAGAGCUCCGACAGCGAUAAUGAGGCAGUCGCUGUGAAAGCGACUCCACCAUCAAGCUCGGACUCCGAAUCAGCAGACUCGAGUCCGACCAAGAAGAAGUCGCCGGUCCCAGUCGCAAAGAGCCUCAAACGAAAAGCUUCCAUUUCGUCCUCUAGCUCCUCAAGUUCGAGUUCUAGCUUGGAGUCCAGUUCUGACAGCUCUGGCAGCUCCGACUCUGACUCUGAUACGCCAGCAAAGAAGAUCAAGAAGGUGAAAAAGGUGAAGAAAGCUAAAUCUGCAUCGUCAUCCUCCUCUAGUUCCUCAUCUAGCUCCUCAUCCUCAUCAUCAAGCGAUUCAUCAUCCUCCAGCGAUUCGGACAGCGACGAAGCGACCAAAAAGGCACUCCCGGAAUCAGAUUCAGAUUCGUCCUCGAGUGAUUCAGACUCAGACUCAUCCUCGAGCGAUAGCGACGAGCCAGCAAACAAACCUCUUCCCGAAUCAGGGUCAGACUCAGACUCAGACUCAUCCUCAAGUGAUUCAGAUAACGAUGAGCCGGCGAGUAAAGCUUUCCCUGAAUCAGGCUCGGACUCGGACUCCUCAGAUUCAGACUCGUCGUCCGACUCUCCAGCCCUAUCUAAAUCCAAAUCCAAAACCAAGAAGUCCAAAGCCAACCCCUCGCCUCCCCGCAAGGGCUCUACCGACUCAAACUCCAGCGCCACCCUCCCCAGCAGCUCCCCCAAGCCAACAACCCAAAACAAACGCAAACGCACCGCCUCCCCUUCCGCCGACCCGACCUCCGGCGCUGAUUCCUCCGCUAAGCGCCCGAAAGGCAGCGAGCGCAAAUUCUUCAGCCGAAUCCCCGAGAAUGUCUAUGUCGACCCCAAAUUCGCGUCGAACAAAUACGUCUCGUACGACUACGCAGACAAGGCCCACCAGGAUCUCGUGGUGACGAAAGGGAAAGGGUUCACGAAAGAGAAGAACAAAAAGAAGAAGGGGGCCUAUAAGGGAGGUUUCAUUGACUCCACCCCGAGAGGCAUUAAGUUUGAGGAUUAGUUGAUUGAUGAUGUAGACGUGUAGUAUCGGCAUUGAAAGUACGAUCUAACGUAUGCGGCUGCGGUGCCUAUCGUAAUCGACCCCGAUGGGGGACAGUGCGUGGUUACUUGAUGAGCGUUUGGGGACGGUGGAGCGGUGUAGCGGUGUAGCAGGGGCUAUUCUUGGGGGAGGUUUGGAAAAGCUGGAACUGCGAGCAAAUGGAGUGUAGACAGUUGAGGUUGGACUCAGUUGGAUCAUAUCUCCUUGGUUACUUGGCGUGGGAAAAGUACUGUUGGGAUUCGGCGUAAUGGUAGACAGAUAUAUCCCAAGAUUGGCCUUGCCUAAUUAUCGAUUUUACACUCAUAGAGAGGUACAAAAGCAAUUAUAUUUAACACU